GCACACGUAGCGUACACGGAAGACGACCAGCAAACGCACCGCACGCUAUUUAAAUGCAUGCCGUGAACAAUCGUCCCGCACAUAUCGACACACAGCGGGGUGAGGGGGGAGGGGCGAGAUGUGGGCAAGCCAUGGGUGAGGCAGGCCAUGUUUGUAUACAUGUUGAUAUGCAUAUCACGUCACCUUUCUCUCUCUGGCUCGGGCUGGAGGAGGAACGAGAAAAAUGUUUUAGUCUUGUGGUAGUGGUGUGUGAAGUGUUGCACCGGCUGCGCGUCAGGGCGGCCAAACAGCCGAUCCGUGUCCACGAAUCCAUCCAUCCAUCCAUCCAUCCAUCGCUACACGAUUCCCCCAUGCAAUGAAUGCAUGCACGCAUACAGUAUGUGUUCAUAAAGGGCAUGGAAAGUGAGAAGAGAAGAGAGAAGAGAGAGAGUAGGGAUGGAUGGACCUAUAAGAUCAUAUCAGGUCGCAUGAAGUCGGGUCAGAUCAGAUGCGGGGCUGCAUGUUGGUGGCCGCGCUCAUGGACUCGAAGGCGCUCAUCUGCUGGAGUGUCGACAGCACCUUGUGAGCGUGCUCGGGAACCGCCGGCAGGUCCCACCCGUCGCGGGACGUUGGCAUCGCCAGGCCCACCUGGCCCACCUGGUCGUGCUGCAUGGCGUUGGUUAGGGCCGUCAGGCACUCAUCUGCCGUCACGCCAUGAUGUAGGGUGACGCCGCCCGACCCGCACAGUGCCGCGAUCAUGCAGUCCUGCAGCACAAACAUGCAGUGGGUACAGAGCAGGCUGGUCGCCAUGCUCGUGUGUUGUGCGUGACGAAUCUCACCUGGGCGUAUGCCCGGAAUUUGUCAGGGGUUUUCAUGUUGAUGCCGUCCUCCUGCUUGCCCACCUUACCGGUGAGUAGCGGCUGGAUGAAGUCCUCGUCAUACAUCGUGAUACACUCGCGCACAUGGCCGGCACACAUCGGCAUGAGGAGCGCGCCCAGGCUCAGGCUCUGGCUCGCCAGCCGUGCCUCGGGGACGAACACCCGGUGUGUCCGCCCCGUCACGUCCGAGGUGUAGCGGAUCUCCGCCACGAGGUUGCGGUCGCACUCCUCGAGCAUGUCCUGGUGCAGCGGGUGGGCGAUGUUGGUAGUCCUCUCUGUAUAUGCGGCAGUCGUCCUUGUGGCCCUCCUUCCAAUGGCCCUUCUGACACGCCUGCACACCCAACAACCACACACAGAUUCAUGAUGGCAUCCGCUGCGCGGCCACCUCAUGCACGACGCACCUGGCUGCAGUAGAAGAAGCACCGACACGCCGAACACCGCUGACGCAAGUUGAAGGCAAAGGGAAGACGAGAUAAUAUGUCACUCGCCUUGCUUCCGCUUCUUUCUUCCCUUCCGCCUUACCUUGGUGGCCAUCUUCUUCCUGCAGCUGGAGCAGAAGGACACGAAGGCGUAAGUGCCGUCCUGCUUGAAACACGAGAUGAACAUGCAGGCUCAACAAAUCACGAGCGCACGCUAUCA